UGUUAAUCACAAAACAUAGCUGUAAAAAAAUAUAGAACGCGGAUACGCGGAUCACAUGUGUCCGCCAUUCUUGUCCCUGAUGUGCAGACCUCAAAAGAGAUUGAAAAGUGGAUAAACCAAAAAAUUAAAAUAAAAAAAUGGCAUCACAAGGCAUGCAAAGGGCUGCACGAGAAGUAAAACCGAUAUUAUCUCUAGAUCGCGAUGAAGCACGGAAGAGAGUAUUGAAUCUAUACAAAGCAUGGUACAGACAAAUUCCCUAUCUAGUCAGGCAAUAUGACAUUCCCCGAACUGUGGAACAGUGCAAAACUAAGCUAAGGGAAGAAUUCACCAAAUAUGAAGAAAUCAAGGAUGUGAGGCUUGUUGAUAUGAUGGUCAUAAAAUUACUCCCAAAUCCGUUUGCUCAGUCAGUGCUAAAGUCUGCUUAACCAAUAUAGUACAAAUGCUAAGUAUUACUCUUCCCUAUAUAAGCAUGUUACAUUUAAGUAUAUCAAGUGGCAUCUGCUAGGAUGUUGUCCAGUUUACCAUUGUUUUGAUAUUCCUUUGCAAUUAAUUGGUUGGUUAAGUGGGUUGCAAUAACAGUUUGUGUCAUCUACAAAGGAUGUCAGAACUCUUUUUUUUCAGAAAAUCACUGAUAUAAAUUAGUUAAACAGGCUCAACACUGAACCUUGUGGUAUGCCACUUAAAACUUUAUGGAAGGAACAUUUUCAUUUGUCCACUCUGACAUAAAAUGAUCAAUUUUUAAAGAAAUCCACUAAGGCUGUACUUCCUCUAAUUCCAUAGUGCUGUAAUGUGUACUUUAAUCUUUCAAAUGGAACUUUAUCGAAUGCCUUGUCAAAAUCUGAAUAGACAACAUUGGUAAACUUUGAUCUGAAGUAGUCUAAUCUUGUAAGUAGGUUGGUAAAUGCAGUUCCACCUGUCAAAAAUGCUGGGAACAUGAAAUUCAGUGUUUUCAAAUAAAAAAGAUAUCAGAUAUUAUCUUUUCCAUAGUUUCACACAGCAUGCUCAUGAGAUUAGUUGGUCUAUAGUGGGAAGGUGAUUUCUUGUCUCCUUUCUGAUUAUGACUGCUACAUUUCAUUCAUUUGGCAAUCUGCCUUCUUGAAAAAUGAUAUUUAUCAUAUUGGAUAAAACUCUUGAAAGAGAUGUCACAUUUUUGAUCAGGAAUAUUGCAGGAAUUGCAUCUUCUCCAGGUCCAGCAUGGACAUUUAAAGAUGAAACGUCCGUGAAGAAAGCUGUUAACUUUUCUUAUACCCAUUUCACACUGACUAUAUAUCCACGGAUUUCAUCAUGAAUUGAGAUCAUGAACAAAUUUACAGAGUAUAAAACAGCAAUUUGACGUCAAAUCCAUCAACUUCUUAAUGGAUUUCACACAAUAGUUUUUGUAAUUUUUGCCAUGUUAGAUAUCAAACUCCUUAGAGUCAACCUUGUUUUUUUUUUCAUUAUAUGGAACAAUGUUCAAGAUCAAAUAUAGAACUUUGAUGGAACUUCAGUAUUCAACAAUAUGGUUUCUAUUUAUGAGAUUCACCUCCAAAUCGAUACCACAACUUAUAUAAAAACUCAAAAUGUUUCUAGCAAAAAUUUGUUGUGUGGUUGGUACGU